AUGAUAGUCAAUGCAACCCUGAAAUCAUCGUAUCUGUGGGAGCAUGUUAAUGUGCUCAAACUGACAAGAAACAUAAGGGUUUUGCUUACAGGUAUGCCACCCCACUUACUGACAUUGCGGAAAGACAGCAUUGUCAUGUUGCUGAGAAAUCUGGAUCCCACAAACGGCUACUGCAACGAGACUCGAUAUGUGGUUCAACACCUUCAUCAACAUGUCAUUGAUGCUGUCGUUGCUUGCCGUCAACAUGCCGGAAAGAGACUUUUCAUCCCAAGGAUUCCCCUCAUGCCUUCAGACAACAUAUUUCCCUUCCACGUGCAACGGAAACAAUCUCCGAAACUUAAAUCGUUUGUCCUGAAUCACUUCAUGAACUUCAUGCACCUACUGGGCUUUGGCUUCCCACUCAAUGACUUGAUCAUGCAGGUAAAAGAAAAGUACAAAAAGAAAAAGAAAUCCAAAGCGUUCCGCUGA